AUGGGGCUGGGGCCAGACGUUAUAAAGCUGCUAUAUACGGCUGUCGUGGAGCCAGUAGUUUUAUACGGAGCAAGUGUGGGCCCCGGCCUCGCGAAAACUCGGAGUGAGGAAGCAGCUCGCUGUCGUCCAAAGAGGCUUUGCGCAAAAGCUGACGAAGGCCUACAGAACCGUCUCACUAAACUCGGCCCUACUGCUCGCCGGAAUAUUGCCCCUCGAUAUACGUGCGAGGGAGAACGCCUCCCUAUACGAAAUAAAGAGGGAUACUCUCGGCGAGUGGUGGGAGACCGAGAGGUGGAACGGCCUGUGGCCUACGGCGAGCUCGAGCACCCGGCGCAGCGGAGCAUGGUCCGAUAUCGGUGCCUGGCGGACGGUGCAGAAGUGAACCAAAUUACCAGCCAGUGCCUCUGUAUAUAUACAGAUGGCAGCAAAAUACAAGACAGAGUCGGAGCGGCAAUCUCAAUCUGGGAAAAUGCCGCCGAGACAAGAAGCAAAAAAUUUAAAAUGGAAUCCUUCUGCACCGUCUACCAGGCGGAACUGCUGGCCCUUCACGGAGCCACGGAGGAAGCGGUCAAAAGUGGAGGGAAUUUGCAGCGUCCUGAGCGACUCGAGGGCGGCGCUGGACACCGUAGCAGACGGAACUUCCUCCAUCCCCUUGCGUUCAAAAUUAGGAAAAAUUUAAGAACAUUAAAAGAACGCAACAAAAUAAUAAACCUAUUUUGGAUAAAGGCACACGCAGGGGAUGGUGGGAAAUGA